AUGGCAGAAUCCAUUGUAUCUGAUGUAAUUGUGAAGCUUCUUGAAUAUCUAGGGGAGUCAGUAGUUGAGGAGAUAGUCCCUUACUUCAAUGGAAGAAAAAAGCUUAAAGAGGUUGAGCAGUCAAUGGGGAUGAUCCAAGCUCGACUUCUUGAUGCAGAGAGGCUAAGAGAAGGUGAGAAUGGAGCUAUGAUCAAGCUGUGGCUUAAAAGGCUCAAACGCGUACUCUACCGGCUUGAAGACUUAUCUGAAGAGAUUGCAAUGGCUGAUGAAGAGUUUGAGAAAAUUCAUAGAGGUACAUUUUGUUUUGCGUGGUCAAGUCCCUUGAAAGUGAACAAAAAACUGGUUGUAGAGAAUAAGGCUAUUAUGGAGGAGUUGAAAGAUAUCACAUAUCAAAUGCACUCACUUAACCUUAAAGUGCAGCCUAUUGAUGUACAACAUUCUGUUGGUGUAGUGAAUAAGAGAGAAACACACUCUUUCAUAUUGGAGGAAGAGGCAAUUGGUAGAGAUGUUGAUAAAAGUGCAAUCAUAGAGAUGGUUUUACAGUCUGAUAAUGUUGGAGAAAGGCUCUCUGUUAUCCCAAUUGUUGGGAUUGGUGGAUUAGGAAAAACUAGUCUUGCCCAACUUGUCUUUAAUGAUGAGAAUGUUCAAAGAAGAUUUGAACUUAAAUGUUGGGCGUGCAUAUCUGAAAUCUUCAAUCUGGAAGAAGUAGCAAGGAAAAUUCUUAGAUCCAUAGAUAGUAGUGAUUGCCACUUGUUGAGCUUGGAGCAACUUCAGUCUUGCCUCCGGAAAGCCGUACAUGAUAAGAAGUUGUUGCUUGUAUUAGAUGAUGUGUGGGAUGAAGAUAGAGAGAGAUGGUUGUGUUUGAGGCGCUUGCUAUGUGGUUGUAAAACGGGGAGCAAAAUCAUUGUAACCUCUAGAUCAAAGGUGGUGGCUGCUAACAUGGGUACAGUUGAACCCUAUGCACUGGGGGUCUUGCAAGAGGACAUGUCCUGGGCUCUGUUUAAAAGCCUAGCAUUUAAAGAGGGACAAGAGGAGAGUAAUCAACAUUUGACCAACAUUGGCAAAGAGAUUGUUAGAAAGUGUGGUCAUGUUCCACUUGCUAUUCGAACCAUUGCUGGUCUUCUUUAUGCUAAAGAUACUGAGCAAGAGUGGGAGUAUUUCAAAGAAACCGAGCUUGUCAAGAUAGAACAAUGCGAAAACAGCAUUAUGUCCUCUUUAAAGUUGAGCUAUGAUCACUUAACACCACACCUAAAGCAGUGUUUUGCUUAUUGUUCACUGUUCAAUAAGGACUAUGAGUUCAAUAAGAUGGAUCUAAUAUAUCAUUGGAUGGCCCAAGGGUUCCUUAGGCCACUGAAGGAUCUACAAAGUCCAGAGGAUGUUGGUCAUGGAUACUUCAUGGAGCUGGUUAGAAGAUCAUUCUUCCAAGAUGUUCGAAGAAAUGAGCAGGGUGAGAUAAUAAGUUGCAAAAUGCAUGAUUUGAUGAAUGACUUGGCAAAAAUGGUGGCUGGAGAUUGUUGUGUUAUUGUAGAUAAGCCUACACUGAAGAUUACUGAUAAUACUGUAUGGCAUGCAAGUUUAACUAUUGGCUCAUCUUGGGAAGCUCCGUCAUGGUUGCUUGCUACAAAACAAAUCCGCUCUCUUCUUCUGACUACCAAUAGCCUUUCCUUUGUUGUACCAAAUAUCAGUGAAUUGUUUUCAAGUUUAAGGUCCUUCCGCGCAUUGGAUUUGCCGAGGGUGGAUAGUGAUAGCUUUCCAGAUUCCAUGAGAGAGCUGAAGCACUUGAGGUACCUUAGACUUUGUGUUUCCUCUGAAUCUCUUCCUGAGUGCAUCACAGGACUGCAGAACUUGCAGAUUUUGGAUCUUCGAGAAUGUCGGUGGCUUACAGAACUUCCAAGAGGGUUUCAUAAAUUGACCAGCCUGAGGCAUUUGCAUUGUAGAAAUUCUAUUGCCUUGACUGCUAUGCCACCUGGAUUUGAGCGAUUAACAUCUCUUCGAACAUUGGACUUAUUUGCAGUGAGUGAAUGUACAGGACUAUAUGCACUAGCAAGCUUGAAGAAUCUUGGUGGGAAACUAAAAAUCCGCUUUUCAAAACAUCAUGGCGAAGAUGUUCCAGGACCAGUAGACACAAGGGAAACUUUGAAGGCCAAGAAGCUAACUAACCUAGAAUUAACAUGGUGGGCACUGCGGAGUGGAGAACCAGCUUCUCAUUCUGAUCAGAUAGAAGAUGAGCUCACUCUAAAAUGCUUACAGCCCCCACCAUCCCUCAAAAGCCUACAAGUUGAAGGGUGGAGGGGUGCAACGUUCCCGAGAUGGGGAAUGGAUGAAUUUCCUUGCUCGCUCCCUAACCUUGUUUCUAUAGAAAUUGCAGGCUGUGAGAGAUGUAAACAUCUCCCACCAUUUAGUCGAUUGCCUCAUCUUAGGUCUCUUGAGCUUUGGUAUCUCGGAUCUCUACAAUACAUAGGUACGAGUGGCAAUAUUAAUGAGGCUUCUUCUUCAACACCAUAUUUCCCAUCCUUAGAGCGUCUUGUGCUCUUUCAACUGCCUGAAUUAAAGGGAUGGUCAAUGAUAGAGAAUAAUGUUGAUGAACCCAAACCUUUUUUUCCUUGUCUUUCUAAACUUUUCAUAGGAUAUUGCCCAAAGCUGAUGUCCAUCCCUAUGGUGCCAAGGCUUGAGUCACUUGGUGCCAAUAACAUCCAUAAAAAUCUGCUAGAACUUCUUCUCUCUGUAGACGACUCACAAACAGCAAUGUGCUCUUUACCCACUCCUUCCAUGUUAAGAGAGCUGCAUAUCAGAUCCAUUAAUGAACUAGACAUACUCUCAAUCAAUCUAUUUUCGCUAGAAUCCUUAUCGAUUCACAUCUGCCAGCACUUGAUCAGAUUGAUAGUGAAAGCUCCAAGCUCCCUUCGACAUCUUGAAAUUCAUAAUUGUCUUAGAUUGAAAGACAUAUCCAAUGCCCUGCAUAAUCUUGCUGUUCUUGAGGAAUUGAAAAUCUCUGACUGUGAGCAGUUAGAUUGGGACCCUAUGGUAGAUGAUACUACUGUUGGAGAUGUCAAAUGUAGGAAUGCUAAUGAUAGUAGCGGUGAUGAUGGUGGUGUUCAGUCAUCUGCUUGGCGAGGUCUCAAGAGCCUCCACUCAUUGACAUUGAGGAACAUCUCGAAAGUGGAGUUGCUGCCACAGAGCCUUUGUUGCUUAACAGCACUUCAAGAACUAGAGAUUUACUAUUUUAGUGAUUUGAUUGCUCUACCAGAGUGGAUUGGGAGCCUCACUCUACUUCAUCGGCUUGACAUUGAGUGUUGCCAUAAAUUGGUGACACUUCCAAAAUCACUUCGUAACCUCACCUCUUUACAACGACUUGAAAUCAGGGAAUGUAAUCUGGAGCUAAGGAGAAGAUGUCAGCAGCCUGAUGGCGAAUAUUGGCCCCUUAUUCAACAUGUCCCCUAUGUUGAACUUGACUCGUAG